AUGAACACACAAACGCCCGCGUGGAACGCGCUGGAAUUGCGUCCACCGCUCGGCACCAUCCCGCUGGGGCUCCCUGCCGAUUUUCAGCCAAAUCGGUCCACGGACGGCCGAGUUACGCCCGAAAAGGCGUUUUUCCACUCCAGAACAGAAGCUUUCCAAUCCACAGUGCCUAUUCUAGCUGCUUUCCCUGUGCUUAUUAUUACCAGCAAGCUCAUGGUGGAGCCAGAGACGCUUAGCCUCGAAAACCACGCGGUUUUGCAGCUUUUAAUGCUGACUUUUCAGGCCCUUUUCUUUCUGGCCGUUGGAGGCGUUUUGGUGAACCUGGACGCGUCGUCUGCUCGUAAAACAGGGUCGACUAGGACAUUGUGGGUUGGUUUAGGCGCCUUGGUGGCGUUUUUCAGCGCUGCCGCUGCUCUUCCGGCUACAAGAACGGCCACUUUGUACUUGGGCAUGUAUUUCAACUUUUACACGCCGUACACGGCCGUGGCGUUGGUUUACGAUGUUUUCAAUGAUCCCAGCGUGUUUGUCGUGGCUGGUUACGCUACAUUGAUUCUUUCUUUUAUGUUUUUACGCAAAUCCUUGCUCAAACACUUCAAUCCUUUUGCCAAACACUAUCAUUACUUAUUUGGCGGGUCUGUGGCUGCUGGAAUGGCCAUUUUGGUGGUUUAUGGCCACGCCAUCAACUACUUUUUGUUGUUGAUGAAUUUGGCCGCUGGCGGGUUGCUUUUGGUGCUGCUUCCGGAAGCCAAAUUGAGGUCUGCUACGAAUAUGGCGGUUAUUUCGGUUUUCACGUAUUCUUUGGAGACGUUUGUCCUCAGAACGAGCCCGUUUAGCCUUGUGAAUGCUCUUGUGCUGGUGGUGGUGCCGUUGGCAAUUAAAAUUGAUUUCCUGGAGGAAUUGGCUGGGUUGGCUUCAGAUACACCUUCAGCUCAAACUCAACCUCACUUGCUUACAGAGAUUCUCCAGCACUCAGACACCCGUGCUAUCUUCAAUUUCCUUCUUCUCAACACGGCGUUCAUGUUUGUGCAGCUUUUGUACUCGUUUAGACUGAAAUCUUUAGGUCUUUUGAGUGAUUCGCUCCAUAUGGCUUUGGACUGUGCUUCUUUGGCGCUAGGCCUCGUGGCGGGCGUUCUUCUGAAAAACCCAGUCAAUGCCAACGGGCUCUACCCGUUUGGGCUUCAAAACUUUGAGAUUCUUGCCGGUUUCACGAACGGAGUGUUGCUUAUGGGUAUUUCAGGAAGUAUCACAUUUGAAGCCAUUGGACGGCUUUUUCACCCCGUGGCGCUCCAGCAAACGACAGAGCUUAUUAUCGUUUCUGUUCUAGGUCUUUUGGUGAACAUUGUGGGUAUAUUUGCGUUCAAUCAUGGGCAUUCUCAUGGCCAUUCUCAUGGACAUUCUCAUGAACAUGGCCAUAGCCACGGCCACAGCCAUUCCCACGGCCUGGAAGACUCUGACGAGCCAGAAAUCAACGAUAACAUGAGAGGUAUCUUUCUACACAUUCUAGCAGACACUCUAGGCUCAGUUGGUGUCGUUAUAUCCACAAUUCUCACCAAACUCUUUAGCUGGCAAGGUUUUGACCCUGUGGCGCUGCUAAUCAUUGCCGUGUUGAUCUUUUCCACCGCUGUGCCGCUUAUAAAGUCUACUGGAUCAACUCUUUUGCUUCUGGUGAAAGGUGCAAAGGAAAAGACCGUCAGAGACGCUUUAAACGAUAUUACUACGAUUAAGGGGAUCAAAUCGUUUACGCUGCUGCGGUUUUGGCCAUCUCACCUGAAACAAAUUAGGGGAUCGGGUUCUCAGAAGACCUAUUUGGAUAAAAUCAACGAAGGUUUCGAUAAAGCAUUACAGAAGAAACGGAUGAACUUGGAUUUCCAGAGAGAGCCUUGA